AUGUAUAAUAACAACCAAAGGCCGAGAGAAAAUACCUUUAAAGAAAUUAAAGGAUAUGUUUCUAAACGAGCAAGAUUACAAUUAGAUAAUAACAAUUUAGAAAAAAUACAAACCGAAAAUGGAAACACGACCUCAGAAACAUCCCAUGAAUCACAACUAUCUAUUACUAAAUUACUUAGUCUUCCAAACCGAAUUCGUUCCGCAUUGGAGAAUGACCACGCACAUAUCAAUGUAGAAAGAUCUAGCACCAUUCCGAGACGGAAAAUAAUAUCUUUUCCAAAAGAGCACACUAAAGGUGUGAAUUCUUUAUCAUGGUGUGGAUCUUUUGGACAGGUAUUGGCAUCCGCAUCUAUGGAUUGCACGGUCAGAAUUUGGGACGUUUUUAGAACAAAGAAAUGCGUUCGAAUUAUAAAACAUGAUGGAGCCGUGAAGGACAUCCGAUGGAAUAUUAACUUUAACAAUAUACUUUCUGGCGGAUAUGAUAAAACUGCAAAGAUAUCUGAUAUUGAAACUGGAAUUACUAUACAAGAAUCUAGAAAAUUUUUUGGUAGUGUUAAUGACAUUGAAUUUUUCCCUAGCGGGGAUAACGUUCUUACUUGUUCCGACUACGUAGUCAGAAACGCGUCUGAUAAAAAUAUUAUGGUUUGGGAAAUUGAUUCUAUGACGGCAAUAUCUAAUCAAAUUUAUCAAGAAGCAUUUUCUUGUACUGCACUUCGAUUCCAUCCAUUUCGUAAACACUUUGUUGCACAAUCAAAUGGAAAUUAUGUCGCCAUUUUUGGUGGUGAAAAGCCAUGGAAAUUAGAUAAGAGGAAGCGCUUUGAAGGCCAUCUUGUGAACGGUCAUCCUAUCCGUUGUAACUUUUCAGCAGAACCUGAACAAGGUAGAUUUUUAGCAUCAGGAGAUGCAAAUGGUGGUAUAUUCUUUUAUGAGUGGUCGUCGUCAAAAGUUGUAAAGGUAAUAGAAGGCGCGCAUCAGGGAGCUUGUAUUGAUGUAUGCUGGCAUCCUUUGUUGAAUGGAAUUAUUGCUAGUUGCGGCUGGGAUGGGAAAGUAGCAUUAUGGGGUACUAAUACAUUCACAUUAUAA